CUGACUUGUGCCAUAGAUGACCUGUGCAUUCUGGGUGAAGAGCAUGGAAAGAUGAUUUGAAGUCAAGGAACUGUCUGAAAGUGUCUAAGCCUGAUAUUCUUAGCAAACAGCAGUGCUCAAAGGUGGAGGAGGAUACUAAAGCUAGGCACUCUCUGGAACUGAGCAGCCUAUCAAAGCUAAGACAGCAACUGUCUGAGACCUCUUGGGAUCAUAAUCCUAGGAAGAACAACAACAAAUUCAGGAGUACUAUGGAUUCAAAAGCAAAAUAAUAGCUAUUGUCAAACUUCCAGCAGCCACAUCUGCUUUGAAACUGAGGUUGGGACACUGCUGGAAAACAUUCUGAAAGGAAACAACCUGUGCUGGCCAGGUCCUGGGAAAGCAGGUGGCCGAAAGAGGCCUUUCCUUCCUUGCUCCAUUAUGAUCUCUGGUUGAGUGUUCUUGUCCAUGUGUGGAAGAGGCAGAAAAAGCCUCUGCAAAUUACUUCCCAGGUCUGUUGCCAAAAGCAAAGAAACCAUUUGGAACAAGAGCGUUGUUUGAUUAGCGAUCUUGAAGAAUGUCUCGCCAGGACACCGAGGACUUUGGAGCAGAAAACCUCUCGGACAAGUCUCAGAUGAUUCCUAGCCUCCCACCAUAUGACAUGGAUGAUCAGCUCCUUCCCAGGGAGCCACGGAGUGCCUGGUGCUGCUUGGCAUGGACCCUGGUGGUAGUCACCAUGAACUCCUUGGUCUUUUUCAUGAAUUUGCUCCUGAUGUUCGUUAUCUUCACCAUUGUGCUGCUUCCUACCAUUGUGGUGGUUUACUUUGGCUUCCAGUGCCACUCUCGGGUGCUGCACUCAGCUGCCCGCUACUGCAAAAGCAUCCUGGAUGACAACAGCUCUUCUGCCCUCAUUAUCCUUGGCUUCAUCAUCAUGUCCCCUCUCAUUGUGGUGGCCAUGGCUAUCUACUGCAGCCUGGCAAGGCGUCUCCAUCUCUUCUUGUGCUUCCAGCCAUACAGCAGGGCUGUGUACAAGGGGGUGAAGUGGCGCUGGUACGAGGAGGGAGGCCUGUGCAGCUGUGCCAAGGGGUGGAACACGCAAGUCAAGGCCUGGGUAUGAGUUUGCAGCACCAGAGGACCUGCCCUAACCAGCACCCUCUUCUCCCUAUCCUGUCCCUCCCCACCAUCACCUCCCAGAAUCACCAUCCUGAGGUCUCUGCAGGUGAAGGCUGUGUAGUACCUAGAUGUGAGAGGAAGGGAGAUCUGUUAAUGAGCCAUCUCCUACAGCUUUGUCUGUAAGUGGGUAUGAUUCUGCCCACUGUGAGGGAAAUACAGAAAACACAAGUCCUUGAUGGUAAAGACAAUGUUCAGCCCUGAAAAGCAACUGUGAUUUUUCCCAAGUGUUGGACUGCCAUUGUUUCUAACCUUUUGCAAAGGUGUCUGUAGGUCACUGCCUCUGUCAUAUUUGGGAUCCACCACUUUCCUACACAUCAGAUAUUCUUCCCCAACUUAGCAGUCCCUCUUUCCCAGCAGUGCUUAUGCUCCUUUUGCUGUUCCUGAGCCAGAUCACUGGGUUGGCUAUGGAAACAAAUGCUGAUCUUUGGGUCUGUUCCCUGACAGCUGCUGAAAUAUGCUUGUCUGGUAAUGGCUGAUAGUUAUUAACUAGCAAAUAGUUCCUUGUCCUUUAUGCUGUGGUCAGGUUGUUUUGUCUGGGGCUAAAUCUGGCCGAGGGCUCAGGUCCAGUUUUAGGAUUCCUGGCAGGAGGAGCUGAAGACUCAUGGUGGCUGCUGAGCACUACAAGUUCUCCCAGAUCUGGACUAAGAGCUUAUGCCUGUGAGGAACAGUGUAUAAUGUCUUGUUUUCUGAGGGUCACGGAUACCUAGAUUUAGAGUUAGUGCUGCAGUUUAAGGGUGGAGAACUGGAAAGGGUCAAACUGACUGCUGAAUGCUAUGAAUCUUUUGGUGCCCUGAUAAGGCUGGAUGUCUGGAGGACCUAGGAGCCAUUUCAGCACUGGCACUGUGUUGUAGUCUGUGUGAAACAAGGACUGAAUGGGCUACAGAGACGGACUGGCCCUCAUGAAAAUGCAAGUACAGCAGCAAGAUGGUGUCUGGGGCGCCUGCUGUGCUGAAUGUGAUCUGCAGUACCCAGGGUGAUGUGUGGGGCAACUGCAGCAUGCUCCUGAGAGAGGGGUUGUAUGUCUGGAACCUGCUGAGCAGGGGAACCCAGCCUGUGUUCCUGCUUGUGAUUCUGCAGAACUCCCACAGGACCAGAACUGAUGCUUAGCUAAAAGUCAGCCAGAUCUCCCUCUUGAUUUCAGUGAUCUCUGAAGUAAUACCACAGAUCCUCUGUCAUAUGACAUGGCAUAAAUUAUAACUGAGUGAAAAGCACAACGUAUGUGAGAAGGUAUGGCAGGUAAGGAAAAGCAUGGCAGCUUGAUGCAUGAUUCUCUCCUUUCAAAUCACUGUGGGUCUCUGUAGUGUUUAGUUAGUGGGGUCUGUGCUACGGAUCACUGCAAGCUGUGUACUCACACUGGCUGUUGUUCCUGUCUCCCAAAUAAAACCGUUUCAAGUGUUAUGUAUAAAUAAAGAUCAUGCCAAAUCCCCACUGAGGGAGUUUCUCUGUUCUGUCUCAAAGCACUGGC